AUGGGAACGUGGAGGACGUCGUGUACUCAGCCGGACUCCAAUGCAAAAUCCAAUGAAACUGAAACCUUGAAGAGGCUUAGAGUGGAUCACAGCCCUCCGCUAAUGCUCAAUAUAGCCCUGGCACUGCAGCAUGUUAUGGUUCAGACCUCGCUGUGUACACUACUGGUUGGUGUUUUAGUAAAGGAGGAUGAGAAGAAUAGGAUAGCUGCUUCUAUCUUCUUUUACUCUGGUGUUUCUACCCUCCUGCAGACUUGUUUUGGGUCACGUUUGCCAUUAAUCCAGGCUCCAUCCAUAGACUUCAUGCUCCCAGCUCUUUUCCUGAACUCUGUCCAGACAGGAAUCGGCACAGCGGCCUGCAGGGGGCAGUGUCAUAAAUCAGAAGAGUUUGAGGGCCCAACACACCAGCUGAGAGAGUUGCAGGGCAUGGCUGUAGUAGCAGGUCUGGUGCAGAUAUCAGUGGGUUUGUGUGGUGUCGGUGGAGCAGUGAUGAUUCGGUGUGGUCCACUCAUACUCACUCCAGUGCUUUGCAUGCUGGGUUUCUCCAUCUACAGAGAGGCAGCUCUGCUCUCCUCAGACCACUGGGGCAUCGCCAUGCUGACUGUGUUACUGCUGGUGUUUAUGUCUCAGCACCUGAGAUACUGGUCCUUCUCUGCCAGUGGGAAGCUCUGCCCUGCCAUCAGCAUGCUCUCAGUGAUGCUGUCUAUGCUGCUGGUGUGGGUGUUGUGCACCACUUUACACCUGUACAGAGACGUCCGAUUCCAUUCUGUGCCUGAACUGUUUUUGAAGAAGAAUCACAUAAAUACAACUCUAAUUCAGGACAGGAGUUCUCCCAACUCCUCUGUCUGGGUUUCUCCAAAUACCAGCAUGCUGUGGUUUAGAUUACCUCUACCAGGUCUCGGGCUCCCUCUCCUGACCGGAUACACUAUUGCAGCAGGAGUGGCAGCAGGAUUGUCCUGUAGUCUGAGCUCCCUGGCAGUGUAUGUGCUAACAGCCAGACUCCUGAAGGCUCCUGCACCUCCCGCACAGGCCUGUAACAGGGGGCUGAGUGUGGAGGGGGUAGGCACUGUGCUUGCUGGCCUGAUGGGGGCGCCAGUGGGUCUCUGCAGCAGUGUGUCUAAUGCCUGUACGGCCGGCCUCAGUCAGUGUGGUUCCCGGGCCACGGUGCAGCUUGCUGGUGUGAUGCUGCUGUUUUUGGGUGUGUUUCCACCCCUGACUCAGUUACUGAUUUCAGUCCCUCUGGCUAUCCAUGGUGCUGUUCUCAGUGUGACCCACACUGUGGCUGUGGGGACUGGUAUAACGUACCUGCAGUACACCGAUGUGGACUCGGGGCGUAACAUUUUUAACACAGGAUUCACCGUGUUCAUGUCUUUGGUGCUGACUCGCUGGUUCAGAAACCAGUCAGGCUUUAUCUGCACUGGAGUUCCCGGUCUUGAUAUAUUUCUCCAGUCUUGUUUGAUGCUGCCUGGGCUUUUAGUCAGCAUCCUGGCUUUUUUUCUAGAUCACACAGUUUCAGGAACUCUAUCUGAAAGAGGACUUGAACAUGAUCACAGCACUGGGAAAAUACAUUCACUGGCUGAUAAACAAAAGGAAACUGACCAAAGCCCAGUGGCAGUGUACAAGCCCCCUGAACUUGUAAAGCGACUGCUGGACUUACCCUGGCUCCGGUACUUCCCUUUCUGUGCCUGCAGAAGUUCGGACAUGGAGGAAUUCAAAGAGACGACCAUAGAGAUGACUGGAUUACUGCCUCAUUAG